UGUGAUGAGAACACAAUGACAGUGGAAGUGGAGAAGGCCUCAAUAAUUGGACUUCAUGAAGAUCACCUGCGUCUCAAUGAUGCCUCUUGCACCCCCAUCUCCAACGGCACCCAUGUGAUCGCUGCCAUGUCCCUCAGCUCCUGUGGGACAAUACUGGAGGAGGACGCGGACAACCUGAUCUUCAAAAAUGAAAUUACAUCAUAUGACAAACUUGGUGACGUCAUUACCAGGAAACACCAGGUGGAGAUCGAGUUCUCGUGCUCGUACCCCAAGAAGGGCAAUGUGUCUCUGGAAUUCAGGGCGCACAAGAUUCCUUUCGUGUUCACGGAAAAAGGGUUCGGAAAGUUCACCUACCAGUUUGAGUUCUUCCACAGUAACCUGUUCGACCGCAUGGUGGACCCCAGUACCUACCCAGUAGAGGUGCCCCUGAGAGAGAUGCUCUACAUGGAAAUCAAAGCCACUUCCUCUUUUGCCAACACUGAACUCUUUGUGGAGUCCUGCAGAGCAACCCCUGUUGAUGACCCCAACUAUCACAUUUUCUAUGACAUAUUUGAAAAUGGUUGCACAGUGGACGAGACGGUGGUAGUCUAUCCAAGUCACUCUUCAGAAUUUAAAUUUGGAAUUGAGGCCUUCAAGUUCAUUGGGCAACAUGAGGAGGUCUUCAUAAGCUGCUCAGUCAUCCUGUGUGUGGCAGGGAACCCCUUCACCAGAUGUUCUCAGGGCUGCAUCAAUGCCACAGCCUCCCCUGUUGCACAUCACCACCACAGGAGGGCUGUUGCCACAGAGACGGUCAGACACUACAUUUCCCAGGGGCCUUUGCGUCUAAAGAAGAGCACAGACAUCACAGCUAUCGUUGGCUUGAACAUGAACCUGGUUUUCAUCGCUGCUGUUCUCCUGGUCGUGGUUGCCAUUGUGUGUGGAGCAGUGAUUUAUGCAGCAAAGAGGUCAAAGGUCAAAUACCAACCACUUCCAUCCACUGACUUCUGAGACACUGUUUGCAUGCUCAUUAAACAGUGAACGCUUUCUAGACAAUCACAUUAAGACAAUAUUUCCCUUUUAAUAAUGAAAGAUGAAUUGACUUUUCAGGCCCUGAAUCUGUAUAAUCUCUUCUUUGGUGUAAUGAAUUUCAGAAAGGUGAAAUACCAA